GGGAGCGUUAUGCAUGGAAGUUGUUUCUUUCUUCUGGUCAAUAUGUGUCUGCCUGACAAAUGGAAUUAAUUAAUCUAUUUUUUAUUUUGUUCUCUAGAGAGUUCUUUAGCCAAGCACCUGGAUAGGGGGGCUCCAUCUUACAAAUAAGUAUCGGAUCUAAUCAACAGAGGGGUCAAAGCAGAGGAAUACAAAAAUGGAUUUGAGCCCAACCAGCAAGAAGAACAAGAAGGCUGCAAACCAGUCCAUGCUACUGUGCUGUAAAUUCUUCGUCUCUGAGUCGCGUAACCGUGCAGCUCUUGAUUCGAUCGAACAAGCUGCCAGGCUUCAUCCUGAAACUGUCAUUAUUAGCAAAUUCGAUGACCGAGCUUACAAUAGGGCUCGCUUUACUCUUGUAUCAUACGUUGUUCUUGACAGCACAGGGAGUGCCAUAUAUAGCCCUUUGCAGCAAACAGUGGUGGAUAUGGUUGAGGCAGCUUAUGCAGCUAUUAACCUUGAGUCACACUCAGGGGCGCACCCUCGACUUGGCGUUGUCGACGACAUUCUUUUCCAUCCCCUCGCUCGAGCUUCGCUGGAUGAGGCAGCUUGGCUAGCUAAGGCUGUGGCGGCAGACAUUGGCAGCAGAUUCCAAGUGCCAGUAUUUCUAUAUUCUGCGGCACACCGUACAGGCAAGGCUCUGGACACAAUAAGACGAGAGCUUGGUUAUUACCGGCCCAAUUUGAUGGGAAAUCAGUGGGCUGGAUGGGCCAUGCCUGAGAUUCUUCCUGAAAAGCCCGAUGAAGGCCCAACCCAAGUGUCUCGGGCUAGAGGCAUUUCGAUGAUUGGGGCACGUCCAUGGGUCGCAUUGUACAACAUACCCAUCUUGUCCACAGAUGUCUCGGUGGCCCGGAGGAUUGCACGAAUGGUUAGUGCUCGUGGGGGUGGGCUUCCCACGGUCCAGACACUGGGCCUGGUACACGGUGAGGACUCGACUGAGAUAGCUUGCAUGCUUUUGGAGCCCAACCAGAUUGGGGCUGAUAGGGUCCAGAACCGGGUCGAGCUUCUGGCGGCCCAAGAGGGGUUUGAUGUAGAAAAGGGCUAUUUUACUGAUUUGUCACCAGAGAUGAUUGUUGACAAGUAUAUGAAUUUAACUACUCAAGUUAGGGACUAAUCCAAAACACUUGUAUGAAGCAUUCAGUCAUAUCUGAGACUGCUAGCAUUCUUCAUAUCCCGAGCCUGAUGUUGAUACAGAAAAUAAAGUUUGGUGUUUCUAGUAUUUGGAGAAUACCGUAUCACCUUCUCCA